GUGUUGUUUCACAAUACAGGGUCAUUUAGUCAUCACAUCAUACUACAUAUAAUACUAUAUUCCAGUGAUUUCAUUUCCAAAUAUAGAAAUGGCUACAGGAGAUUUUGGUAGUAUUCCUAAAAUACGAGAAAUUGAUGACGAAGAUGAUGAUAAUGAAGACUUUGAAGAUGAAUCUGUACUUGAAAGACUUUAUGGUUUAACAGAAAUGUUUCCUGAAAGACUUCGCAAUUGGACGUAUUCUGGUUAUAACACGGGCAAAAAAUGCUCGAAAGCUGUAUAUAAAUUUUCAUGUUCUUCAAUGUGGAUUGGAGCUACAAGUUUUAUUCUUCUUGUUGUGCCAGUUGUUUUUGAACAAGAACGAUUUAACUUAGAACAACAGCAACUUGUUCAGCAAAGACAAAUGCUUCUUGGACCAAAUGCUGCUAUGUCUGGUUCUAUGGGCAUGCAACCCAGUGUACCAGGGGCUAUGGCUCCUCCUCCAACCAAAUAACUUUUUUACGAUGGGAUUUUUGCUUCCAAUCAUUAUGGUCCAUUUCACUCAAUGGUUAUGUCAAUACAUUUUUAUUUCCAAA